AAUUUCAGACAUCUUAGCCGCUCAGGGCCGCUGUCCGCGCGUGACUUUGCGCCUCUGGCGAUCCAAGUCUCAUAUUGCGAUGCGCAUCCGAGAUCUAUCUUCAUACGUCGUCUUGGAGAUAUGAGAUGAGACAAUAGUCUUCGAGCAGAGUAUCUCCCCCACCAAUCUCCGUGACAGUUGCCACUGUCGUCCAACCCGUUGAAUCAAUCGUCGCCAUGUCGUUCGCCAUUCCGCCGGUAAACCCCCCGCUGGGUAUCUUCCAAAACUACUAUGCUCAACAGCCGACGACACUGCUGCUCAAGGAGCGCAUCAGAUCGUUCACGGGGAAUGACUUUGGAAUCAAAGAUGUCAACGGGAAUGUGGUCUGUAUCUGUAAAGGCAAAGUCAUGAGCAUGCGAGAUCGCAUGGAUCCCAUGGGGAAUGUCCUCUUCCACCUACGACUAAAGCUCGCCGCUAUGUUACCCCUCUGGAAAGGGGAGGAUGCAAGCGGGAACGAGUUGUUCGAGGUUUCGCGCACCUGGAGCUUUCGACCCAAGGUCAAAGCGAGAUUCAUCAAUGCAGCUACUGGCGCACCUACGGUCAUCUCUGUUCGAGGUGGAUACCUAGCGAUGAAUGCUGAUCUUGCCAUCGGAGAAGAAGGUGAAGGACCGAUGGUCGGUCAUAUCGAUAGAGUGUUGUUCGCAAAAAGUCAAUGGGGAGGGGCACAAACCGGUGUCGAUCUAUCUUUGAUGGCUGCGAUCUGUAUAUGCUUCGAUGAGAUCACCCAGAAGGGCCGGUAGUUGGAAGCUGUGACUUUGUCCCGUUUUGCAUCUCAUUUCAUCUCCUUUCGGGUAUACGGCAAACCGAGAGCGAGAGGCCAAAGCCAAGCACGAGCAAAAGCCCCAUAAUGACCGCUAGCGGUGCAUCCC